AUGCAAUCCCUCUCUCGCCCACUCAUCCGCGCCUCAGCAUCAACCCCUCUCCUCCUCCGAUCACUCACUACAACCCCAUCCACCAUGAGCGCAGGCGACACCGGUGCUCCCAAAGCACGCGGCUUCUUAGCGGAAAAGGAUCAGUUCCAGCGGCGCGAGGCUGCGCAGGAGGCGAUGUAUAUUCGGCAGCAGGAGAUGGAGAAGAUUGAACGACUGCGUCGGAAGAUGAAGGAGUCGCAGAAACAUAUGGAUGAGUUGGAUAAGCAUUUGGAGGAAUACGCGAAAAGCCAAGGUGGAGAGCAGAACUAG